CGCGCAAGGAUAUAAAAGUGAAAAUAAAUAAGAAAGAAAGCUGGUCAGAAAAUUAAUACUUUUAAAAAUAAAUGUGUGAGGAUGAAAGAAAAAAAGUAGCCUUUUCUGAUCCAAUUGAGGCGAAAACAGCGGGGAAUCGACAACAACAAAGUUUUUGGAGGGAAGAAAGGAAUGGAUUGCUGCCUGUGGGGGUUUUGGAAGUAGAGUUGGGCGCGGACUUUGAAUUUUGUUUUUAAAUUUUUAAAAUUUUGACA